GCAAAUCCAGACAGUUUAGCGUUUAGCAUUUUCCUUUGGUAGCUGAUGAACAUUGUACUUUGUAUAUGCUUUCGUUUGGUCGAAUAGAUUUUUCCACUAUAUAUUUGUUAUGAUUGAAUGCCCUUGAUUCUUGCUUCCGUCAAUCUACAAUCGGUGACCGAGUUGAGGCGAAUAAUCAGGUUUGCAAACUUUAACCUGUAACCUCUCUUUGACCCUGGACGUGGGAAGCUCUCCAUUUUGUGUGCUCUGCUUUCAUUUGCGAUCUCUCUCCAAUUGGACACGAUUGUUACGAUAUUUGUAGACAUCACGGACGAGAAAAGAGAUGGCCGAUCCCAGGUGCAGCCGAGAAAGUCCUACUGAAGAUCUGCGUCUUGAACAUUCUGGGAAUGAGACAAGUGGCAGUGUCCAGACAGCAGACUUAGACGUGAGCUGGCAGCAGGACAGGGAAGAACAAACUUCGCGCGAGGAAACGUUUUGUGUGAAGGUUGAGAAGACUGAUUCCUUGUCCCCACAUGUAGAGGAUCACAAAAAAGUCUGUCUUCAGGACAAAACAACAGACAUGGGCUGGCAGCAGGAUAGGGAAGAACAAGUUUUAUCCGAGGAAACGUUUCAUAUGAAGGGUGAGAAGACUGAUUCCUUGUCCCCGCAUGUAAAGAAUCACGACAAAGCCCUACUUCUGGACAAAACAACAGACAUAGACUGGCGACAGGACAGGGAAGAGCAAGCCGAGGAAACGUUUCGUAUGAAGAGUGAGAAGACUGAUUCCUUGUCCCCACUUGUAAAGGAUCACGACAAGGCCCUACUUCAAAGCAGGACAACCGACAGGGGAACGUUUUAUUGGGAAGUGAAAGAAACUGACACGUCGUUGCAUCUAGAACAGGCGGAAAGUCAAAUGCCUCAACUCAUCAAUACCGGAGAGCCCUACUUGUGCAGGGAGUGUGGAUAUACGACACAUGUAAGGUCUACUUUUAUAAGGCAUUUGAGAACUCACGCAGGAGAAACAACCUACAAGUGUGAUCAACGUGACUAUCCUGCGACACAGAAAUCCACUUUGAAUCGUCAUCUACUAUUAAAACACACUGGCGAGAAAACCUACGCGUGUGGGGAAUGUGGGUACAGGUCAAGACACAGGAAAGCCCUUCGCCAGCACCAAAGAACACACACAGGAGAGAAGCCCUACAAGUGUGACCAGUGCGACUAUUCUGCAGCACGGAAAUCCACUUUAGACCACCAUCUGGCAAGGCACACUGGCGAGAAACCCUACAUAUGUAGGGAGUGUGGAUACGCGGCAAACCAAAGUGGCGCCCUAACGCGGCACAUGAGGACUCACACGGGAGAAACACCCUACAAGUGUGACCAGUGUGACUAUGCCGCGUCACGGAAAUCCACCUUAGACAUCCACCUACUAACACACACUGGUGAAAAACCCCACGUGUGCAGUGUGUGUGGGUACAGGGCGUAUCAACGGUCAAACUUAUCCAUUCAUAUGCGAAUUCACACAGGAGAGAAGCCCUACAAAUGUAAUCAGUGCGACUACUCUGCAGCCCGAAAAAACGAAUUGAAGUACCAUUUAGCAAAACACAGUGAUCAGAAACCUUUCGUCUGUAAGGAGUGUGGAUACAAGACACAUAAAAAGUAUAACCUUACUAACCAUAUGAGAUAUCAUACAGGUGAAAAGCGAUACAAGUGUGACCAGUGCGACUAUUGUGCUGCGCACAAACACACAUUGGAUGAGCACAUGACAACCCACACUGGCGAGAAACCCUACAUGUGCUGGGUGUGUGGGUACAGGGCAGCUAGAAAUUCCGAUCUUUCCAAGCACAUGAAAACCCACACAGGGGAGAAGCCCCACAGGUGUGACCAAUGUGACUAUUCCGCAGCACGGAAAUCCCAGCUGAACAGCCAUCUAGCAAAACACAGUGGUGAGAAGGCCUACAUGUGUCAGUUUUGCGGAUAUAGGACGGCUGUACGAUCUCAUUUAUCCAGACAUAUGAAAACGCAUGCAGACGACAAAACACCACCAGAACUGAUCGAACAGUCGAAUGAGAGGAGUACAACGCCUUUUGGUACAUCGUAGUAGAAUAUUGUGGAUUAAUAUUAUUAUCCAAGCAGAGCUUUUGGUUCGGGGCGAGAUUUUUAAUGCUUGCCUCCCUCCAGACGUUAGAAAUACUAGCCUCCAGACUGAAAAAUCUGUUUGGGGAAUAAAAUGUGCGGCCCCAAUGUGAUGUAUGUACUAUAACUUCAAUAAUGUGUAUCAUGAUCAGUUGAAACACUGUAUUAUAUACUAAUUUUCCCGUUCGCUGGGACCUAAUGUCGGUGAAGAAUGCUGUGCUGAAACCACUACACUAGCUGAAAGACUUGAUGAGUUUACGGUAAGAGCUCACGCGAAAAUCGCCAAUGUAAAACAUUUAUUUAUAUAUAUCCAUACCAAGUAAUCGACAUAGCAUAUAUUAUAUUCUCAUGUUUGAAUAGUCUGACAUAGUUGAACAGAAAUUGCAAAAUGUUGUGAUGUUCUUCCAAAGAAUAGCGUCUCCUUACCUGGCUUACAGUAUAUAUAUAAAGAUACUUUUAGAGGCAGGAAUGGCUUUCCUAGAAAGACGAUACGUUAAACACCCAAUAGAAAAUUAGACAAAAAGUAGCUACGAAAAAUAAUAGCAAGCAUAGAUCAAUAAUAGACAUGAUAAACUUUAGACGAAAAGAGUAACAUAUAUUUGACAUGUUUGAAUGUCUAUACUUAAUGUGCUUAAUACUGUAAGGUUACAGUACAAUUUGAAUUCGCGUUAGUCGUGCCAAAAUGUAUUGUUUUGUCAUUGCAAAAA